AUGGUAACUCAAACCCCUCAAGGCCCAGCUACCCCUCCCAUCCCUGUGGAGACUCCCCUGCCAUGCCCCCCUAUCCCUGGGAUCAAACAGCUACAGACAGCUACUCACGUAGCUACAGAUAGCCCAGCCCUGUCAUAGCUGACAGGGAGUGCUACUGGAUAUAGAAAGUAAGAGUGAGCCUGUAUUCUCUCCUUGCUUACCCUCUUUGCAUGUGCACACGCACACCCAGGCAUGCAUGCAUACACCAGCAUGCAUGUGAAAACACACAAACAGUCCUCACCCCUCCCAUCUCUCCCGCCUUUUCUUCCUUCCCCCUCUCUCUCUCUUUCCUCUCUUCUCUCCUUACUCACCUCCUCUCUUUCCUCUCCCUCCUUCACAGAUUGUAUAAAUAUCCCUGAGCUGUUGAGAGGGACUCAGAGACCUGAGGACCCUGACCUGAGAAACAAACAGACCGGAACAGAAAGAAGAGACAGACAGGCAGCAGCAAGAAAACAGACAGACUAAUCAGAGAAUAAGAACAAUAAUCUGCUGUAGCACAUUGAGAAAAACAAGGAAAAGGAAGACAGAUGGGAAAGAACUAGGUGAAGAGAUAGAAGGGGCAAUUAUCACAGCUAGAGAAAAAAGAGAAGGGUUGAAACACAGAGUAGUGGAAGAGAGACCCUGAAGAGAGAGAGCGUGAGAGAGCAGAAGAACCACGUCUAGUCUACAUCUGUGUGUGUAGCUGUUUGUAUCCACCAUGUGGCUGCUGCUUAGCGUGUGUGUGUUCUGUCUGCUGGGGUGCAGUGAGGGGCAGGACCGUGCCACUCUCUGGAGGGGGAACGACCACAGCGGGCGCUGCCAGUACACCUUCACCGUGCCCAGCCCCAGCGAGACCAGUUGCUCCCCUACAGUCUCCGGAGGACCAGAGAUGGAGGGGCUCAAGGCUAGACUCAGCCUGUUGGAGGUAUUGGUGGCCAGGCUGACUGGAGGGGAGGCUGGGUCCCAGUCCCAGGCUGGUCUCCAGGAGGCUCUUACCCAGGCUAUGGGAGAGAGGAUCCUGCUGCAGGGAGAGAAAGAGCAUUUGGAGAGAGAUGUGGAGGGGCUUCAGAGGAGGAUGGAGGAGAUGAGGAGAGAGACGGAGAGACUGCAGAGCAGACCCUGCUACCCACAACACCCUCUGUUGCCACCCAGCAUCCCACUACAGGACAGUGGUCUGCGACCUGCCGGAGGUGCUGGUGUUCUCUCUCACCUGGUUUCCAGACCUGGAAGACAAUGGGACACUGGCAGCCUGAGAGACCCAGCAUGGCAGUAUGGUGGUAAUCCAGUGCUCCAGGAGUUGAAGGCUGAGGUGACUGAGAUUCCUGCUCCUAGUCCUGAGGGCCCAGAGGACAGCACAGGCUGUGGAGAGUUGAUAUCAAUAGGUGAGCCAGUGUCUCAUCGUAAGGCUGACAGUAUAGCUGGUAAAUACGGGGUGUGGAUGCAGGACCCAGAAGCUGUGGCGCCCUAUGGAGGGAAGAUGGUGUGGCGCAUUGAUACAGUGGGGUCAGAGGUCAGACAGCUCUUUGGUUACGAAGACAUGGAUCAGCUCUCUAAAGGCUUCCCCUCCAAGGUGUUGCUGUUACCGGAGCCAGUGGAGAGUACAGGAGCAACUCUGUACCGCGGCUCUCUGUACUACCAGCGCCGCCGCAGCCGCACUCUGCUGAGGUACGACCUGGUGUCUGAGAGCAUCGCUUCCCGCCGAGACCUGCCCCACGCCGGCUUCCACGGCCAGUUCCCCUAUUCCUGGGGGGGCUACACCGAUGUGGACCUGGGGGUGGACGAGCAGGGCCUGUGGGCUGUCUACAGCACCAACAAGGCUAAAGGAGCCAUAGUGGUGUCCCAGCUGGACCCACACAGCCUGGCGGUGAAGAGGAGCUGGGAGACCAGCAUCAGGAAGACCAGCGUGGCUAACGCCUUCGUCAUCUGUGGUCGUCUGUACACAGUGGCCAGCUACACGGCUCCCAACACCACCAUCAACUUUAUGUUUGACACAGCUACAGGCCAGGGGAAGGAGGUGGCGCUACCCUUCAGGAAUAAGUACCGCUACAACAGCAUGGUGGACUACAACCAUGCCCAGAGGAAGCUCUUCGCCUGGGACAACUUCCACAUCGUGUCCUACGACGUCAGGCUGGGCCGCCAGUAGAGGAGCUGAGGAGGCCUCUUCAUACAAACCAAAGACUUUCAAUGUCUGUCCUUCAAAGCCUGACAGCUUUAGAGCAGCUAGUGUGGUGGUAAGUUGUUAGUGUUAUUCACCACCUUCAUCAAUGCAUAGGCCUAGUAGUUACCAUAACUGGCCACUAUAGUGAUUGAGAUUUAAAAGGAUUCUAGCAAAUUGCAUUAUGAAUGGAACCCCCUGCAGGUAUCUUGUUUCUGUGGAAAGGCAAUUGCUGUGGCACGGUCCACACAUAUGUUUAUAGAGGAAUUAUUUUUCUACUGUUUGGUCAUCAGAGUAGUGCUUUUAUUGUAUUUCAUGUAUAGUUUUGAGAAGGGGAUUGGGGGCAAAGCCAACAUUAUCAAGUCUACUGCUCUCAAACAUCAAUGAUCAUACAAGGUCUAAAGUGUGUACUGUGUAUAAAACUCAUUCCACCCUGUCCUGUACAUAGUGCCUCUCCCCCCAGUAGGAAACAUUUUCAGAGACAAACUUGCUGCUCUCUAGCUCAGCAUUUAUUGAAAUAUUGCAUGUUCCUGUGCAUUGUACUUCUCUAUAUUAAAUGAUGUACAAAUUCAUACCAGGGUCUAAUAAGGAUGAUCUAUUCUAAAUAAUAUAGUUAUCUGUAAAAAUCAUUAACUUCUAGAUUCUAGGAUGAUAACUCAGUCUCAUACCCUUUUACUAUCAUAAGAAGGGGAAGAAAUGGAUUCAGUCACCAAAUAGCCCUGAUCCAUCCACUGCUUCCAUCCAUUCAGCUCUUUCAGGUCUGUGAACACAGAAGGAAGGCCUUGGACCAAAGAGGCCAAUUAUAAAGAGCAUUAUUUCACAGGUCAAUAGUGACUGACGACUCCAUUUUAGUGGAGGUUGAUGUGUUAGUGCAGUGGUUUUCCCCAUCAGCUGCAUUCAUGAAUGAUUUCCACAAUAAAACACACGUCCACUCAUGGGACCUUCACCAGAGAAGGGGGAGACAAGACGAGGUGAUGAGGGGAAACGAGUGGAGAGGAGGGAAUUGAAGUGUGAGAAACAGAAGAGAAAACAUUCACUGUGUUCCUUCCGUAAAGAGAAAUAAAACUAAGGAUGGCAGAAUGUUUAUGGUUUAUUAUACACUUCUCUUGGGGCACUCCAUACACACUCACAGAACCAGCCUCAGUAACACAUCAGACAUACAGUAUGAGUAUAGUGCUGGUUUGGAGUCUGCACUUUAAAGCAAAAAGUAUUGGUUAUAAACCCACAUAAUCCAGGUUGGACAAAGGACACAUCUUGAGUUCUUCCAGUUUAAGGAAAGCAGAUAGAGUGCCUUCAGAAAGUAUUCAAACCCCUUGACUUUUCCCCACAUUUUGUUGUGUUACAGCAUGAAUUUAAAAUCGAUUCAAUUUAGAUUUUGUGUCACUGGCCUACACACAAGACCCCAUAAUGCCAAAGUGGAAUUAGGUUUUUAGAAAUGUGUACAAAUUAAAAGCUGAAAUGUCUUGAGUCAAUAUUGUAUUCAACCCCUUUGUUUUGGCAAGC